AGAGAAAAAGUCCUGCAACCAAGUGUUUUGGACAGUCUUCCCUCAUGUCUGCUUCAUUUGUUCCUUAGUGAUCUACGCAUUGCUGGGUGCUCUCAUGUUUUCUCACGUUGAAGGCAACAGAGAAAGCAAUGAAACAGAAGCAUAUCAGACUUUUAUGCGACAGCUUUGGAAUCUGUCAAAGAAUUCAUCAGGAAAUGAGAUCUCCUUUGAUGAGUUCAAGGAAGAAGCACGUAAGCUGAUUGAAACAAUUGAAUGGGAAUGGUUUGGUGACCCUAAAAAGAAAUGGUCCUUCCUGGGCUCUCUCUUUUUCUGCUGCACUGUGUUCACAACAGUGGGUUAUGGUCAUACCUACCCUGUGACAAGACCCGGGAAAUACUUGUGUAUGCUGUAUGCAUUAUUUGGCAUCCCUCUAAUGUUCUUAGUUCUCACUGAUAUGGGAGACAUCCUCUCAUCUAUAUUAUCCACAUCUUACAAUAAAGGGAGACAACUACAGUCAAAAAUAUUAGCCAGACUUUCUCUUGCAUCCUGCUGGAAGAAGAAGAGAGGCUCAAAAUCUGGAUCAUUAGCACUCAGGCAAACCAAAGUAGUCAUUCAUGAACCUUUAAAUAUCAAAGAAGUGCUAAGACAUCAUUCUUCACUGAAAAUAAAACCUGGGCAAAGAAAUGUUGAAAUAUUUGAACAACUUAUUGCCAGGGAGAACCAGUUCCUUGCACCACCAAGAUCUGGCAAAUUUGAACGAUGGAGUUCAUGCCCUGAACUAGAUUCAGGGACAAUGAUGAACCACAUGAUUGACAAUAUUGACAAUAUAGGGAAAAGAGUAGAAAAGCUGGAUGUGCCAUUUUGGUUGAUGAUGCUCAUUGUCUUUGUGUACAUUUCCUGUGCUGCCGCCAUCCUUCCGCGUUGGGAAAGCCGUUUGAAUUUCGAAGGCGCUUUCUAUUUCUGCUUCAUCACCUUAACAACAAUUGGCUUUGGUGACGUUGCUCUGGAACACCCCAACUUCUUUUUGUUUUUGUCAUUUUAUAUUGUGGUCGGCAUGGAAAUCGUCAUCAUCGCUUUCAAGCUGGGACAAGACAGGCUUAUUUCUCUGUACAAAAAGUUGAUCUGCUGCAUUGGACGGAAAAAUACCCCACCAAAAAUGGUAUGAAGAAUGUCCAUCUAACUAAAAGGAGAGGCAGUAACAUCAGUUCCAAACUCAUGUUGAUGAGCAGCUGCUGCAGGCUAUUGCAAAUGCUUUUGUUUUUCCAUCUUUGAUUCAGUAAUGGAAAAUCACGAUGGGUGAUUAUUUUCAUUGACAGUGGGAUCUGCUGUUAACUAGUGGAAUGAUUAUGUAGCAGCUGAACACAAAUGAUAGUGGGGGCAUUCCUCCCCUUUAAGGAGUAAAACUGAUGGAACAAAACUAUUAUUUGGAACACUAGGUAAUAUAGAAGGUGCCUCGCUGUUAAAUAUGAAUAUUUACAAUUGUGUGGACAU